ACACACUUUUAUUCUUCCUUUUGUUUUUUUCCUCGGUUUAAAGAGAGAGGACAGGAUGUCUCAGGUGUGUCCUUCUGCUUAACCAUUAAACCCAGACAUGAUCCAGUGACGUUCCUCAGCUCACCGCCUCCAACAAGACUUUUUUACAUUUUGAUCAUUUUGCUUCUUUUUUUCGCUGCAAAAAUGUUAGAAAAGAUCUUUUUGCUGCUUUGUUUUUCCUCCGCGUUGGCAAACCAACUGUGUAAACCAGACGCUUCAGACGGAUAUAAAGUUCGAAUCAGCCUCAAAACUGCUCUGGGAGACGACGCUUACGUCUGGAAUGAAAACGAAAUGUUCUUUUUCCGAUCGACUCUGGCGUUCGCCAUGAGGACUCACGUCAGCGGCCAGAGAUUUGAAGUGUCGAACAUCGUCGUGUGUAACGAGACGCCCAGAGUUUCCUUCUGGUUUGUGGUGACGCAGCCGCAGAAUCUGUCGCAACUCAUCGAUAAAGAACACGUGGAGGAGGCCAUCAGAAAGUCCAGGAGUCGGAUCAACAGCGCUUUCCUACUCACGGAUAACACGCUGGAGUUUAUCGGGAUCCAGCCCACGCUGGCCGCUCCAGUCGAGCCGGUCACGCCUCCGUGGCUCAUCGUGUUCGGGGUGGUGAUGGGCGCCAUCGCCGCCGGGAUCAUCGUCUACAUGGUGUCCACUGUGGUCAGAAAGAAACGUAAGAAGAACGAGAAAACAAACGGCGACGACACAGACGACGAGACGCGAGUGAAGACGAUAGAAAGCGGCAGAGCAGCUGACGGCGUUUAUAACCUGUCCUUCGCUGAUGACGAGAGAUUGUAAACUUUUAUCUAAAAAACCCACUCCCAUAUGAACAAUAAAACUUAGAAUGGAAACAUUAGGGUUAUUUUAUUCAAGGUUUUUAAGUGUGAUUGUAUGACAUAGCUGUGAGCGCCCCCUGCUGCUGAGAACCAGCCCAUCAGGACACAAUGAAAAACAGCCACUUUAGCCACUGAGCUAAAGAUUCACCAAAUAAAACUAAAUCUACGUUGGUUUCUCCGCGACCUUGAGUUUCUUAAAUAAUUACAAAUAGUCACUAUGACUCAGCAGCCACUUCAUUAGGUGCUGAUUCUUCUUCUUCUUUAACGACAUCUCGUGUCCAUGAUGUUUCAUUACUGCCAUCUCCUGGAAUUAAAAGACUCCUACACUCCA